AUGCUAUUUCGUAAUCAAACAAAUAACUGCUCAUAUUCUUCAAAUGUUGACAAGACUAAUUCUGAUUUAACUGAAAAUGCCUCAUCUUCGACUACGCUUACACCAGUUCAACUUUUGGCAUUGGCAAUUCGUAAACGUCGUGGUCUAAUGGAUCAAAAACACAAGGAUUUGCGUCGGGAGUUGCUGCAUUCGGGAUUCAUCCAAAUUUUGUGUAAGUCCUUAGGCGAAAGCCGUGCCGCAAAACGUCGGCUUCGCAAAAGGCGUAAGGGGGCAGCGAAAAAAACACGCUGGGAUUGUCAAAAUAGUGGUUCGCCUCCUCCAGAUUCUACGAACGACUCCACAUCUGACUCAGUGGUUCAUUGGAGCGGCUCUGGUGAUGACUGUUAUGGAAGCGAUGAUGAGGGCCAACGUUCAUGCAAAAGGUUCAAAGUCGAUCUUGAUGCUACUCAAGGACAUUUGGCUUUUAGUGAGUUGACGUCUUCCGAUUCAGGAUCUGUACAAGCUCUGGAUGGAGACACUGAUGCUGAUGAUGAUCUUUAA